UGCUCGUUGAUGGGCAUGGAAUGCACAAUAACGUUCUUUGCAGUUCUUUGUAUCUAUCGAUCGAUUUUUCCGAAUUACGGAACUACGCGACGUGUAUUGCGUUUAUGUGAUGUGUUGUUGCUAGUAAUUAGCCAGUAAUUGCAUGUAACUAGCAGUUGAUAGUUUGGGCAGAACGAAUUAUGCGCACGGGUGGUGGUAAGUGCUGCAAAUAAGUAGAAAAGAUCAAGUUUCAGCAUGUUUGGGCAAUCGGGAAAUACGUCGUUCAGUGGUUUUAAUACAGCAACACAAUCCAGUCCGUUCGGACAGUCUGCGUUUGGUAAACCGAUAACUACUACAAGCUUUGGUACUUGCACAGCACCGGUCUUUGGUAGCAGCAAUACUUCUCUGUUUACCUCAAAGCCUGCAGGCUCUACCACUGGUGGCCUGUUUGGUAAUACUACAACAUCACCUGCAUUUACUCAACCAUCUUUUGGAGGAUUUGGUACAACCAAUACAAACACCAAUUUAUUUGGUAGUCAGCAGAAUGCAGGGACAAAUCUUUUCGGUACAAGUACACCAACUUCUGCAUUUGGCCAAUCGAAUAAACCAGCAGGUUUUAGUUUUGGCUCAACUUCUGGAACAAAUUUGUUCGGACAGCCCCAACAGUCAACUCAACAAACUACACCUUUUGGACAAAGUAACACAACUGGAAACACAAAUUUAUUUGGUACAACACCUGGUUUCGGCAGUACAAAUACUACUACCACGGGUAUGACGGGUACUGUGGUUAAGUUUACUCCCGUCAUUACUACCGAUUCUAUGUCAAAAAAUGGUAUAUCUCAUACAAUAUCGGCGAGACAUUGCUGUAUCGCAUCGAUGAAAGAAUACGAAUCAAAGUGUUACGAGGAAUUACGUUUUGAAGAUUAUUCCGUUGGACGUAAAGGGCCCAGUACUGGGAUUUUCGGUACACCUGCGCAGCCUUCACCUUUUGGCAAUGCAGGGGCAGGUACUAGUACAGCAACAACGGGUUUCGGUGGAAUGAGCAGCGGAUUUGGAACAACCACUCAAUCCGGAUCGAGCGGUCUAUUCGGAAAACCGAUGACGAAUUUUGGAACACCUUCGACUACAGCUACGAAUAAUUUUGCUUUCAGUUCUACUCCAGGCACGAAUCUGUUUGGUAGUAACACUCAAAACAAACCAUUUGGUACGGCAGCGCCAACACCGCUAUUCGCAACCAGCAAUACCAACCAAACUGCUGGUACAGGUUUUGGUGUGAUUAAUACGGCACAAAACCCCAGUUUCGGAUCCACAUUUGGCUCGACGCAACCGAACCAGAGUAUCGGUCUGUUCAAUCAAAACAAAUCAGCUUUCAACGUACCAUCCACGUCAUCUAGCACUGGAUUCGCCGGGUUUGGUCAAACGGCAGCCAUUAAUACGGGUACAACUUUAUUCGGUGCUAAAGCAACUGGAACGACAGGAUUCGGAACAGCACCUACUUUCGGUUCGACCACAUCGUCCACUUUUGGAAGUACACCAGGUUUCACCGCUGGUCAAAACCCCGGUUCGUCAUUGUUUAACACAUCUUUUAAACCUGCGGGACAAACGCCUGGAUUCUCUUUUGGUUCUACGUCCGCACCUACUACUGGACUUGGUACGAAUACAGGUUUGACAUUAGGCAGUGGUACUAGCUUGUUUGGGCAACAAAAACCAGGAGGCUUGUUCGGUAAUACCGGAGGCAACACAACCUUUAAUUCAUCGGCGUCUUUUGGUUCAUCAACUUUCGGAACUAAUUUAAACGUAGGAAGUGGCGUUGGAAUGGGUUUAAUCGGUACCACCGGAGCCGCGAACAAUCAAACAAAAAGUUCAGGAACCGUGCCAGUGCAUCAACAAAUUUUGGCCUUAGUAUCUGCACCAUUUGGUGAUUCACCGUUGUUAAAAAAUCUUUUACCGGCUUCCGGUAAAACGGAAGAAUUAUUGAAACCCUCAAAUGCACCUUCUAAGAUACUGAAUGGACCUCAAUACAAAGUUACAGCAGAUAACAAAUCUCCAAAAAUCAAAGCUAAGGUUGUCACUCCUGCACAAUUAUCGAAGAAAUCAAUGUUCGAAGGUCUCGAAGAGGAAGAUCCACUAUCCGAAGCGUUUCAACCCCGUCCAAAUGCAAAGCGUUUAGUCUUACGUCCAAAGUCAGUAUCAAAUUCGAUAGUUUCGUCGCCAACGGAAAAUUCGCAGACAACUGAGAAACAUGUAGAAGCCUCUGGGAAAGUUGAAGAAAGAAACAGUUUGACAAAUUCGUAUAUCGAAAACACAACAAUCGAAACGGUGGAUAAAGAAAAUCAUAAUCAGGAUAGUAAUCGGCAGUUAACAAACGAUCGAAGGUCGUCUUCGUCUUGGUUGAAAACGAGUCUUACGCGUAAUUCGACGGGGAAAAAUUCGGACGAGGAGAUAUUCGAGGGGGGGCAACGUUCGCAACGUACGCAACGUUCGCAACGUUCCUUUUCCGGCUCGAAUUUGUCGUCCGAAGAGAUGAUAAACAAUACCGUUACCGAAUUACGAUCUUACGGUAACGCUACUCCAUCGAAUCGCGGCUGUUCCGAAACGAACGCGAUUCUCGAUACGUCUUUGAAAAAUAAUUCUUCUCUGGUCGAUAAAACGUGUCGAGAGAGUGUAACAGAAAAUACCGAUUCGAGUCACGAAUUGGACGACAGUAGUUCAUUCUCGACGAGUGAAACGUGCAAUUGGAAAACGAACGCAGCUAAUAUAACAUUGAAACGCGCCGGCUACUAUACGAUUCCGCCUCUCGAUAAAUUGGAUGAUUAUAUUCGCGGGGAAAGUUGCGUUGUACCGAAUUUCACGAUUGGUCGGGAAGGAUACGGAAACGUAUAUUUCCCCGAUUCGUUCGACAUAUACGGUCUGAAUUUAGACGAAAUUGUACAUUUUCGACACAAGGAAGUUAUCAUUUAUCCGGACGACGAGAAAAAACCUCCGGUUGGCCAGGGAUUGAAUCGAAAAGCUCAAGUUACUUUGGAUCGAGUCUGGCCACACGAUAAAUCAUUGCACAAACCUAUUACCGAUCCUCGCCGAUUGGUUACAAUCGAUUACGAAGAAAAGUUACGAAGAGUAUCCGCGAAACACGACACUAGAUUUCUCGAGUACCGACCCGAAACUGGUUCAUGGGUCUUCAAGGUGGAUCAUUUUUCUAAAUACGGUUUGAGCGAUUCGGACGAAGAUGACAGUAACGGGCCUACGAUAAACGAUCCGAAAAGAUUAAAACUAUCCAGAGCGGAUCAACAGAAAACCGCAACAAAGUUGGAACAAUCAAAAGCACCGAGUAAGGACGUUGUCACGACUCAGAAUGGGAACAGAGGUAGUGCAGAUCUUUUGGAUUUAAAUGCGCAUCGAGUUCCAAGACGCAGCAUAGGAGAUUACAAUCGUGAAAAGCAAUUACCGAUAAGUCCGACUGGUGAUAAUGCCCGUAUUUUGGGCACUGAUAGUCAUAAAUUACAACUGAUGAAGGCCAGUUUCUUCGACGGUGACGAUGAAGAGAUCAACGAAACUUACGAUCAAGAAUCGAAUCGUGCCUUAUUCCUAGCUAGUUACAAAAGUAGUACUAUGAGAUGUUUCGUGGAUAGUGCGGAAAAACCGGAGGAGGAUCAAAGUCCGACGUUGCGAUCAAAUUUAACGAUUCGUCGCACACCGUCCAUUAUUUACGAAGAACCGAUAGUUUCGAAGACAGGUAGGAAAUUAAAACGGUCGACGGACGUUGUAUCUACGAAAUCAUCGAUCAUUUAUGGAAAAAGCUUUCCUGAUCCAACGGUAACUCCGGUGACAGCGAUUUUGAAAUUGCGUUCCGAAGUGAUUCCGUUUUCGAGGUCUAUUAUAUAUAUGCUAGAAUCACGAUGUAUUGCUGGCACCGGCAUACAAUUCGGAAGGAUGUUUAAACCAAGCUGGGGACGUGGCUUAACAUUGCUGACGUUAAGUACGCAAGGACAGGCGCUGAAAGUAUCGUUGCACAGCCCUUUCAAAGAAAUCGGAUGUUACGUGGACGGUCGUUCUCCAGAAGAUACAUCGUCCGUCGCGAUCGUUCAACGGAUUGAAAUUUUGGGUGGCAGUGGAACGGACGAAAAACAUAUCGAGAGAUUCAAGAAAAGCAUAGAAGGGCAUCUAAAACUGCAGUUGUCGCAACGUCUAAUGGGUCAGGAAGCAGACUGUCCAAUGUUUGUCGUGGAUACAGAUACUACUAAAGCGAGCAUCGCUUUGCACGAUCAUUGUAGCUUAGCCGAAGAGUUUGCUGAUCGAUUUACCACGGAUUGUUACGCAGCGUACGUUGUUAACGUUUGGAAGCUCUGCGUAGCUCUUUGGGGCACUCUCCCGGACAUAAACGCAGAAAAUACAGGAGGUCAUGCCGUUGCAGUAGCACGUCGAGAGGCUAUCGGGGAGUGGUUACAAAAUUUUAUACGACGGACGCUCGAACAAAGAGAAAAUACGAACAUUAGCAACGACGAAAAGAUACUACUUUUGUUGUCGGCUUUCGAAUUGGAGGAAGCGUGUGAAAGCGCGCGAAAACUAGGUGAUCAUUGUUUAGCACUAUUAAUGGCACAGUUACGCAGCGGAAUGGCUGUGAAAACGUUAAUAAAAGAACAAAUCGCUUUAUGGCAAGAUGCCGGUAUCGAGGAAAAUAUACCGUUGGAACGAUUGAAACUUUUCGCAUUGGUGGCGGGCGAGCCGUUGGUGUCCAGUAAACAUGGACUUGUUAUUAACGUUUGCGAAGGUCUCGAUUGGAAAAGGGCACUGGCUGUGCAUUUAUGGUAUUUUUCAUCUCCUGUUGCUUCGAUAAGAGACGCGUUAGAGUUGUACGAGAACUCGUUUGACACAGGCAAGACGGAAUACGCUUACGCAACAGCACCGAAACCCGAAUACAAAGGCGACGAUUACGAGAUUGAAAUAACGAACGGGAAAGCAAUAUACGAUCUUUGUUUUCAUCUAUUGAAAUUAUUUUGUACCGGUAAUCAUGGUUUGGGUGAGCUGUUGAAUCCAGCGACGCACACCGUCGAUCCGUUGGAUUAUAGAUUGAGCUGGUUGAUGCAGCAGGUGCUGUUAGCUUUAGGUUAUUCACACCUUUCGGAACACGUUGCCACUUUAACGCAUAUCAAUUUCGCGACCCAGUUGGAAGCACACGGUCUUUGGCAUUGGGCUAUAUUCGUGAUGUUACAUAUAAGCGAUGCGGAUAAAAGGAAAACUGCGGUAAUCAAUUUGUUGCAACGACACGUCGAAAUAGAAGAUAGAGAGGAUUACGUGGAAGAAGAGAAAUUUUUAACGGAAGAACUGGGUAUACCUUCGAUCUGGAUUCACCGAGCCAAGGCUGUAAAGAGUUGCGUGGCCAAAAGAUACGGGAAAGCAGCAUUUUACUUGAUCAAGGCGGAACAGUGGAAUACCGCGCAUGAAAUUAUUAUCGAACAUUUGGCAGCGGAUGCUAUAAUAAACGAAAAUUACGAAUAUUUGCGGCACUUGUUACGUCCGUUGAUUCCUUCGGAAUGUAACAGCACUAUAAGCGGAUGGAGCUGUCAAGGACAACUGCUUUGGGAAUAUAUGGAGAUAACCAUGGACAUUGAAUGUUUGUUACGCGGUGUUGAUCCUCGUGGAAUAAAUAGUAAAUUGGAGUCGGUGAAACAGCGAUUGAAACAGCUUUCUUUCAACAUCAAUCACUUUCCAUGCCCAACGGCUAAACACAGACUGUGUCAAGCGGAAAUAGCAAAAAGGACAUUGCAUUUGGCUAGAAGUUUGUUGCAAUCGAACGGAUGUAAGUCUACCUCGAUGCUUCAACUGGUAUCUGAAUUGCCAUUGCCAGAAGAUUACGCUCAACAGGAGCUUCGUCCUAUAGUUAAUAUGCGUGUAUAUGAAAAUAUAUAUCAACAAGGGUAGCCUUGCGGCGAAAGUUUAUAGCCAAUCAACCGUUUCAUUUCUAAUGUGUAAUUUCUAAUUUGUAAUCUGUAAUCUGUAAUAAGUUGUAAUUUGUAGCUAGCGAUAACAGAAAGGAGACUUGGAUGGUGACUGUAACGAUUAUGUUUAGUAGUAUUAGCAAUUAUCGUGUUUAAUGACAGUAACAAGAAGAAGAAGAA